AUCUAUUAAGAUUAUUAAUAAUUAGAAUUAGAAACUUAUGAUAUGAAUUGCUUUUAAGGAUAUACUCAUUAUAUUUGGAUCUUUUAUAUUUACUUUACUUUUGGAAUAUUGUAUUUUUGGAACUUAUUACCUUAUUAUAUUAUUGUUUUAGCCUACUAUUAUUAUUUUGAUGAUUUUAACUGAAAUAAAAUUAUGAGUUAUUUUAGGUAUUAAGUGAUUAUGUUUAAAAUAUUGAAAAAAGUGAUUUCUUUUUGGUAUUUUAAGAUAUAAUAAAUUAGUAUUUAUUAUAAUACAUAAAUUUUAUGAUGUUAGUCAUUGCCUUUUAUUACCCUGCAAUUGCUGUUAGUUGUUUUAUGUAUGAAUUUUUAAACAAUUGAAGUUUUCAUAUGCAGUUUAAGUACGACUGAUGUCCAGCAGAAACUAAGAGUGAGUUUGUUGAAUUCCUGAAUUUGUUCAAUUGAAAUAAUUUCAAGUAGAUUACUUUAUAAUAGGAUUCCAAACUUGGUUUCUGUUUCAACCUUAUUUACCAAACUCUAGUGCUAGUGCGCUAUUGAAUCAACUUACUAUAAC